CGUGUUUUUUGGCGUCCAUUAAACGUGGUUUCAACGAAAUAUGAAUUUGUCUCAAAAGAAUCCACGAUAAUCUACGUGAAAUUUGGUUGCAAUUUAUUUUAGCAAAACAUUUUUGGAUUUUACAUAAACACAACAUUUAUUAUUGUUAGCCAUUUUAAUUGCUUAUAACAGGCUGACAAACACUAGAUCACCAUGUCUGCAGCACCAAACCAUACAGUAUAUAUUAACAACUUGAAUGAAAAAAUUAAAAAGGAUGAGUUGAAGAAAUCUUUAUAUGCUAUAUUUUCUCAAUUUGGACAAAUUCUUGAUAUUGUUGCACUGAAGACACUAAAGAUGAGAGGCCAGGCUUUCGUCAUCUUCAAAGACGUGAAUAGUGCGGCCAGUGCCAUGCGAUCGAUGCAGGGAUUUCCAUUCUAUGACAAACCCAUGAGAAUUCAGUUUUCAAAAAAGGAUUCUCAUAUAAUCUCAAAGAUGAAGGGAACCUAUGUUGAAGAGCCGAAGCGCAAACGAGAAGAUGAUGAGCCACGCAAAAAGAAGAAAGGACAAGCACAACAGGCGAAACCUACAAAAUCUGCUCCUCCGACCGCUCGUGCCCCACCUGUCCAGCCCGCACCUCACCAGCCACAGCCUGCCGCACCAGUGGCCUCGACACCAGUAGUAACAGCUCCAGCCCCAACUGCCAUUCCCGAACAACCUCCAAACCAGAUCCUCUUCAUCACCAACCUGCCAGAAGAAACCAAUGAAAUGAUGUUGUCUAUGCUCUUCAAUCAAUUCCCAGGAUUUAAAGAAGUCCGCUUGGUACCUGGUCGCCAUGACAUCGCAUUUGUAGAAUUUGAGAUAGACAGCCAAGCUGGCGCAGCAAAAGAGGCACUUCAAGGGUUCAAAAUCACACCGUCAAAUGCAAUGAAAAUCUCAUUUGCUAAGAAAUGAGUAAUGGAUAGAAUUGUUUUUAACCAUGAACUCCAUGUAAUUCAUGAGUUAAUAGUACCUUUCCAACUUUUAACAAUGUUUAUAUUGAAGGUUGUCCUUGCAACAUAACAAAGAUCUGUGACAUGACAUUUUCGCAUGGAAUAUGCUGAAUUAAUUUUCUAUAAGUGGAGUACAACUGCAUCUGAUGUGCACUAGUGGUUGUUGCACUGAACAUUUAUUAAUAGAGGAAGAAAUAGUCUUGAGCAGAUGGCCAUCACCUCGCUUUGAAGUAUGGAGAGGAGACUGCAGUUUUAAUGGAAGAUUGAGACACUCUUAUGUAAGGUUUGUGUCAUAAGGUAGGACAAUUUGACAGUGGCAGCAGUUUAUUGUUGUGGCAUUGCACAAUGGCCACCCAUCCUUUGCUCGGCAUUGCACAUACGUUGGCCUGUCUGGUAUUGUACCAGUGCAGAUGUCAACAUUGCACACAGUGCUGAUGCAAGGUACUCACAUUCAUUUUCAUAGACUUCAAUAAAUUAUUUUUUCAUCA